AUGAACUUUUCCUUUCCGCACUUUACGCGUGCCAGCACGGACAAUGUGUACACACAGCCACCGCAGAAGUCCCUGCUCGAGUUGGUCAUCGAGGCCAAGGGCCGACUGGGCCUAGUGCCCCAGCGUCAUGCGCUGAAGCAGUACCCAUCUUCGUCCCCGUUCAGCCACUUCUCCGACAGCGACGAGGAAGGUGAAGGCGUCGAUGGCAACGCAAACGAGGCGGAGGCGCGGCAGGAUGCUGUGCUCACUACCCGCACAUCCUGGGUGCCGCCGGCGUAUCUGCUCGACUACUUUUUUUCUGGCGAGUUCCUCUCCGUGUUCUUGACGUUGCACAGCAUCAACGCUUCACGUCCGGUGUCGAUGCUGGUGCCACCGCUGUUGACGGUGCGUGAUGCGCAGCUGCACCCCCUCGUCGAGGCCGGUCUCUGCGCCGUUUUCCAAGAUGCGGCGCACAGCAGCUCUCGUCAGCAGCGUGGCGGCGGCGGUGGUGGAUGGCGGGACGGUGUACGGGGAGGACGAGGGGGUCGCGAUGGUGGUGAGAGGAGCUACAUGGAGAGCAACGCCGCUGCCGCCAGCGCCGACGGUCCUUUCAUGCCCUACGUGGGAGGCGCACAGCAGCGCCAGCUGCAAGGCGGCGUGCUGGGUGCUGGCGAGGGCAACGACAACGGUGCGGCAGAGCCAAGCGCACCGAUUGCGGCGCACACAUCUUGCGUCGAUGCGCAGCGCAGGGUGUACGAGCCCGCGACGACUCCGCUGGCACAGCGCCUUCUUUUUCGGGGACUGCAGCAAGUCGCACUCCCGGCGCUACUCCUUGGCGACCAUGUGCUGCUGAGUGGCCCGCGUGGUAUCGGCAAGCGCACGGCGGCGCUGCUCUCUGCUGGCGCCAACGUUUUGGCAUUCACUAGCAGCGCUGACCCCGGCGCCUCCGAGGAGGCGGACGCCCCUCCAGCGCCCGUGGAGGGUGAAGGGGAGGCAGCUGCUGAUAAACCACCAGCUGCGGCUGAGGGCCCCGCGUCCACCUCUCCCACCGAGGCAGAGGUCAAGCCAGAGGAGGCAAUGGAGGACACCAGGGAUGCGGCAGACACUCGCCCAGAUCCAGCAGAGCCCCCUGCCGCCUCCGAUCCUGCAUCGCCACCGGCUCCUCGCGCGCUCAUUGUCGUCUCGUCCUACCCAGAGGUGCUCUCCGCGGCGCACUGGCUGGGGUCUGUCUUCGGCCCCUCAGCAUUCGCCCCAUACACGUUUCAGAAGGAUGGCGUCGCGCUCCGCCCACUGCUGGAGGCGCAGACGGCUGAGCAGCAACCGGCGGUGCUGGACGGCGGCAGUGGGCCCUACUCGAGCCACGCUCUCGGCCACGGUGGUGUGAUGCUCACUUUCCCCACGACCACUAACGGUCGGCGCUUUAUCGGGCCGCCGUUGUCGCUCCCCUUCAUCACUGACACGACUGGUGCCGCCGGUGCUCCGGCGCUCCCACCAGCGGAUCCCACGCAGGUCGAGUCUGCUCCGCGGCAUGCACAGGCGACGGUGCCGGCUCUUUCGGAGCUGGCGGCCCUCGUGAUGAAUGCGUCGCUGCCUGCAGAGGCCGCCGGGACAGCGCAAGGCUCGGUUGGGGAGCGCACAAACGGCGGAGAUACAAAACUGAAACGGAGGCGGCACAGGGACGAUGAGGAGGUCAGCGAUGACGAUGUCGACAAGGAGCGUGCCGAGAAGCGGUCCUCCCGCACGCACCGCCGCCACCAUCGCCACCGCGGCGAGCGCGACGAGGUCGAGAGCGAAGACGACGAGAUCAGGCGAGUGCGUCAUCGCGAGGAACGCUCGCCGCGCUCCAGCGGCCGCCAUCGCCAUCGCAGCCGGCACGGCGACCGCAGCGAUCGGGGAGGGGAGACGGAGAGUCGAGGAGAGAGGGCCGCAAGCAGCCAUCGCAGCCACCGACGCCACCGCCGUCGCAGUGAUGAGGGUUACGGUGGUGAAGGUGGCAAGGACAGGCGGCCUGUGAACCGCGAGGAGCGGCACUCGCAGCCGCACAGCAGCCACCGAAGAAGCAGCCGCCGUCACCACCACCGCAGCCGCAGCGAUGAGCGUCCGUCCCGUCACCGGAGUCGCCGUCACCACCACCGUAGCCGUCACCGCGGAGACCGUCACGGCGAGGACCGGCGCGGUGUUUCAUCGUCGUCUUCCUCGUCUUCCACAGCCGCCUCGUCCACUUCCUCUGCUGGCUGUCGAAGUGCAGGGCUGCCUCCUUCGAUGCCCACUAACGCGGAGGCAGUGCUGCCGAUGAUUCUGGAUAACAGUGUAGCACCGCCGGCAGCUGACGAGCUGCGCUCCCUUGCGCUGGACUCUGUGGUGCCGCCUGCUGUGCCGAUGGAGGCAGCGGUAACCCCCUUCUCUGCCGCUGCUGUUGUCGAGGAGCCGUUGGCGGCCUCAGAAACGCAGCAAGAAGCAGCUAACGAGGAUAGCACAGCCGAGCUGUCUGAGGUUCUGCGCCAGCGCGUGCCGCUGUUGAUCACCACGUAUCACGCCCUUGGGAUGGCGCUCGGAAUGGUGCAGGGGGAGGCGUCCGCCCUGCCACCGUUGGAACACGUGCGUGUGGCGUUGUUCGUCAAUUUCGAGAGGGUGCUCAUGCCACCGCUGAAGGAGUCUUUCGUCCACUCGUGGUGGCUGUCGUUGGUGAACGCCCUGGAUGUGGAGUGCCAGUUCGUGGUGACGGCCGAUCGCAUGGGCAGUGAGGUGCGCGGCUUCCUCGAUAGCACCAUCAUACCCGAUGCGGGGGAGCGGCUGGUGCACUUUGAUCAGCGCGAUGCGUCGAUAUGGGCUAUGAUGAGCGUGCAGGUGUGCGCCGUACCAGUGGAAGUACCGGUGACGGCUUCGCCGCCGAACGGCGGCAGCGAAGGACGCCCUCGCAUAACCGGCAGCGACAUCGACGCUGCCAAGGUGGCGCAUCUCUUCUCCACCAUUGUUGAACACAUGUUGUCGACCGGCUGCCACGCGACACACCAGAGAGGCGAUGCUGCGUUCGAGGCCCACCGUGGUGGACAGGGCGCGCGUGUAGUGGUCGUCUGCUCUGCUCGUCGCGAGCAGUCGCUGGUGGUGACGCAGCUGCAGCGUCUUUUCCAUGAUCAGGAGCACGACACCCACGCUGCGAUGGUGCGGGUGACGGAGAGAGUGGAGCUGUUCCGCGCAUUAGAGGCGGAGGUGCUGGUCCUGACGGACGCGCAGCUGACCGAUCCUCGCGUGCUUCGUGAUGUGCACCAAUGUGCCGAAGUGGACCUAAUCCUGCACUUCUCCUUGCCACGCACGGUGAUGACGCAGCUGGAGAAGAAGGAGAUCAUCGACUUGCUUGCGCAGCGCGGCCGCGCCAUCCUUGGGAGCUCGAGGCACUUCUGUGCGCGCCGCUGGUGGCGCAGUGCGGCCGUAGCGUCUGCUGCCGCGGGGGCGCCGAGCAGUGCCGUCGACUUUGUGCCAGCCAAGGUAAAAUGUCAGCUGCUGCUGACGGAGCACAACGUGCACGGACGUGCUGGCUCGUGUGUGAUGGAGGCGCUGCGCGAGGUCAGCGACAGCUGA